AUGGCUUGUUCCAUACUUACGUCUACGGUCCCCACGCCGUUCCUCGUCCACUCGAGAUGCACGUUGCAAGUAGUCCACCUCGAAGAGUCGCAGCUGCAAGCUGUCACAAACGCCAAUGGUCAGAUCGGACUUGACUUUGACUCGAAGAAGUAUCAAGACAGCGAUACCAAGCCUUUUGGAACAAUGCUGCACGUGAACAGUGUCUUUAACCGACAGUUGAUUGAACCAGUACCCUUGCCCAAUCUCGAGCAGUACAACUACACACAAUCAUGCUCCCUAACCACUGCUGGCACAAACCAGAUCAAGUUGGCAACUACUACCAUCCUUGCCGCCGUGGCUAGCCUUGCUACCUUGAUUGAUGCCUCUCCCAUCGACAAACGAGUGUCCGGCGUUAGAGGUCAAGACGUGAGCGCGUACCAGCCUAACGUCAACUUCAACACCGAGGCCUCAAAGGGAUGCAAGUUUGUCUACAUUAAAGCAACCGAGCGUACCACUUUCAAGUCUUGCACAUUCUCGUCUCAGUACAACGGUGCUACCAGCGCCGGUUUGAUCCGCGGGGCCUACCACUUUGCGCGUCCCAACUCCUCCUCUGGUUCCGCUCAAGCUAAGUUCUUCCUUGCCAAUGGAGGAGGCUGGUCUAAUGAUGGUAGAACGUUGCCAGGCGUAGUGGACUUGGAGUCCGUCAGCGGCCAGCCCACUUGCUAUGGCCUUUCAAAGAGCCAGUUGAUCUCUUGGCUGCAAGAUUUUGGUUCUACAUACUACUCUGCAACUGGUAGAUGGCCCACAAUUUACACUAGUUCGGGCUGGUGGAAUGAGUGUGUUGCUUCUAGUGCUUUUGCCGCCGACUAUUUGCUGUGGAUAGCUAACUAUGUCCUGUCUUGCCCAAAGAUGCCGACUGGUUUCAGCUACUAUAGCUUCUGGCAAUACGCGGAUAGCGUUGAUUUGAGUGGGGACCAGGACGUUUGGAAUGGUUCUCUGGAAUCACUCAAGGCCUACGCUCGAGGUUAA